AUACAUGGAGGCAGGAUGUUAUAUUCAUAAUAAAUAAAUAAUCUUUAAAAAAAUAAAACAUGGGAGAUAGAUGUUAGUCUGUAGUGAAAACCAAUUCAUGGCCGUCCCUAGGCCUCAGAGAAGAGGGCAUCACCUCCCUGAGUGCAGCAGAGACAUCUGAAGUACUAACGGUUUCCUGGUAGGCCAUGUCCAUAGCCUCUCUUCCAGCCUCUACCAUAAGCUGGGAUGCUUGGAGGCUCCGGGACUGCCUUCCUGGGAACUAGACUCUGCAUCUAUCUUCCAUCUUCCUCCAGUUCCCCCUCCAUGCAGCCAGGGUAAGCACUUUUAAAACUCAGGUUGGAUUCUGUCAUCACUCUAGAGUCUUCCAGAGAAGUCAGAAUCCUACAGAGACUUCUAGACCUUACCUGUCCAAACUCAGCUGCAGCUGCCCUUUCCCAGAUUUCUACCCACAGGCUUGCUCUCCAGAGACCACAGUGUGAAACUGGCUGGUCAACAUCUUUCUGUCCUAGUAGACUUCAUGAGGGGAAGACCCAGUGUUUGCUUCAACUUGUAUACCCAGGGCCUAACAGUACUGAGCCUGGAGGGAAGCCCUCGGGUUCCAUGCUUCAGUCUCUCUGGGUCUUGUGACUCACUCUCAAAGUUUGUUGACUGUUUGGUACCACAAUGGGAUACAAGUAUCAAAAGGACAGUGGCUUUAUGUACCAGUGUGACUUACUGCACCAGGGGUCCCAUGGGAUGGGCUUAACUGAAAAUUGGAGGCCGAGCAUGAUGAAAACGCCCCCGCUCAAAGGGAUCAGAUACAUGAGGCAUCGUGGAGCAAAUGUACCCUCGGCUGACCUGGUAAAGAGCUUAAGACUCUGCAAAACAUCAGCUGGACCAGUAGAUGCCACAGGACCCCUCCAUCUCUGGCCUCCUCCCAAGCUGGUCCUUUAGCCCUGGGGGCCUUGCCCUGCCAAGCCUGGGCCAGAGAAGGAGGAGAUGGGGUGAGUGGGAGGGGCCGAAAGAGCAGCAAGGCGCCUGCCAUGACCUACAUCUGUUCCUGCUCUGCCUGUCCACCGCCAGACAGCUCAGAGUCCCUGGCAGCCGGCAGCAGCUGCAAAGAGGGAGGAAGGAGAGUGAGGAGGCUGGAGGCUGGUGGGCCCUUCAGAUCAUUCCUGAAGUUGCAUGGCACUGGAUCCUUGAGCACCUCAGACUCCUACUUCUUUGCUUCUUAACUGAGUCUUCAGGAAGCAAAGGAGAUCAGUCUCCACCCUCAGAAGAGCAAGAAGAAGCUGGAACUAUGGCAGGAAAGCCUGCUAAGAAGUCCUCCAUCCCUGGGGUGAGCAUCUGGCAGCUGGUGGAUGAGAUCCCCGAAGGCUGCAGCACACCAGAUUUCAAGCAGAAGCCUGUCACCCAGGCUCUACCAGAAGGGAAAAAUGCCAUCUUUCGGGCAGUGGUCUGUGGGGAGCCCAGACCCGAAGUGCACUGGCAGAGCACCAAAGGAGACCUCAGCGACUCCAGCAAGUACCAGAUCUCCUCUGCUCCUGGCAGCAUGGAGCAUGUGCUGCAGAUCAACAAGCUGACAGGAGAGGACUCAGAUCUGUACCUCUGCACUGCAGUGAAUGCCUACGGAGAAGCCACGUGCUCAGUGAGGCUCACUGUCAUUGAAGUGGGUUUUCGGAAGAACCGAAAAAGGCAAAAGGAACCUCAGGAGGACCUCAGGAAAGAGCUAACGAAUUUUCGGAAGAUGCUAAAAAAGAGGACCCCACCUCCAGUCCCUGAAAAAAAGAUGGAGCCUGAACAGGUGUGGCAGCUGCUCAUGACGGCGGACCGGAAGGACUACGAGAAGAUCUGUAUGCAGUACGGCAUCGUCGACUUCCGGGGCAUGCUGCGCAAGCUGCAGGAGAUGAAGAAGGAGCGGGAGGACAGAAUGGCACAGUAUGUCAACGCCAUUACCAACUUGAGACACGUCAGGGUCACCAAGGAAGGAGUGGCCACAUUUGACCUGGAGCUGGAUCUCAAGGACCUUGAGAGCAAGAUUUACCUGUACAAGGAUGGUGAGAUGAUCCCCUAUGGCUUUGAUAACCAGACCAAGCACUGUCUGAGACGGUUGGGGAAACGCUACCACUUCCUGAUCCAGGACCUGCAGCCUGAGGAUGCUGGCCUUUACCAGGUCAUGGUGGAGGAUGCUGUGGUCUUCUCCACACAGCUAGAAGCCAACACCAUCCCCCCCAGAGUGGUGGUCCCGCUGGCAGAGGCCCGCUGUGAGGAGCAGGGUGAUGCAGUCUUUGAAUGUAUACUCUCCAAUCCUUGUCCCAAUGCGACCUGGCAUUUCCAGCACAGAAAACUGAGGCUCAGCGACAAAUAUGAAGUAUUUGUGUCCCCUGAUGGGCUAACCCACCGGCUGGUUGUGAAGGGGGCCAGUUGCUCAGACAUGGGCCUCUAUUCGCUGAACACUGGACUCCAUACCUCCAGUGCCUGGCUGGUGGUUGAAGGUGGGAAGGAAAAAGGCCCUCAGACCACAGAUACUGACCACCGACUGCAAACUCCAGAAGCCCUGGCCUCAGAAGCAGAAGCCUCUGGGGACAUCGGCAGCAAGGGAGGGCAACCCAGAGGGCAGGGCUUCCUCGAGGAGACUAGUGGGGCACAGCGCACAGCAGGCCCAGACAGGGGAGCCUUUGACAAGCAUGGCUGUUCCCUGGUGCAGGGUGAAGACAUAGUUAAUUCAGCCUGGGGCCCUGGGCAGAACAAAAAGGGCUUUCUGGAAGAAGAACAAGGCAGGGUCACUCUUCCCGGGGACAGUCAGCCACACAGAGAGGGAGAGUGUCGUGGAAGCCUUCCUGGAAGGUCUCAUCUCCGGGGAGGGGACACAGAAUCAGAAGUGAGCUUUGUAGGGAGACAAAAAGGUCAGGGCAGAGAUGACAGUGGGAAUAGCAGAUGGCGCACAGCAGGAGGUUGGAAGGCUGGCUCCAGCCACCCUCAGGAUGGAAGACUUGAGAGUAACAGAGAAGGAAGGGAGCCCAGAGAGGGCUGUGGCAGUGAACUGGACAGACAUGUCCAGGGACAACUCCACGACCCUCACCUGGCAGCUGGGGCAGGGCAAAGGGUGCUGUGGGCAUCCCAGUCUGAUGCCGAGGGGUUUCAACUGAGAAAGGAAGGGGCAGAAAUGUGGGGUGAUCAUAUGGAUGAGAUGGAAGGAAGGAGUGUCCUGAGCAGGGAGAGGGGAACAGAGGCAGGUUGGGCUAGUAAGGCCUGCCUUGGCGUCACUAGAGGCCACAAUACGGCAGGAAGCCCUUGCAUCCCUGAGUUUCCUAGAGGAAGAAGUUGCAACCCUGAGGUAGGCAUGGGCCCUGAUUGCUGGGUGACUCAAGCAGGUGGAGAUUCUGGCCAUGGAGACGCUGGGGUGUACUGGGAGGCAGGGGGAUAUCCAGGACAGACAUUGGCUGGCAGUGACACCCAGAAAUCAUCCCUAUCUGGAGGCGGGAAACUUCUGGGGUGCAGGAGUCCUGAGGCCAAAGCCGAGGGCUCUUUACACAGCGUAGGUGGUCAUGGGGUUGUGGGGAGGGGCUACAAAACUGUCCCUGAAGGCCUAGAAGAUCCCAGGGACUGGAAAGGUGGCCUACAAGAGCUCCAGGGAAGGGACGGCCAACGCACAGCUGGAGCCUUGGGCAGGACGGAGGAAGGCUCCAGACGUUUUCAGUUUCCUCAGAGACGGACAGUGUGGCAGAGGGAAGCAGGGGAUCCAGGCAGAACAGAGACCCAUGAAAACACGAGUCCUCAGGGUGACACGUGGUCCAAUCUCAGAAAGACUGGGGCCCACUUUGGGUCUGGAGUGCUGGGAUCCAGUGGGAAGGAAGGGACCAUGGAUGGUUCCCAAGUAGCUGGACUAACAGUGUCUAGUCAAAGGGUAGAUGCCAGAAACCACAGGCUAGUUACAUCUCCAGGCCUGGCCGUCCAGGGCUCUGGGGGAGCACUGGGAGACAUGGAAGGAUUAGGAGACCCAGGGGUGGUAGGAUCUGAAGCAGAUUUCUGGAAUGGGUCAGAGAGGUCUGGAGAAAAAGGGUCCAGAGGUGGGAUGGACUACAAGGGAAGCUUAGGAGGUCCCGGGUGGGUGGAGUCUAGGUAUGAGGAGGGCUUCGGGUGUUCUGAAGGGAUGGGUUCUAGGGAUGGAGUUACCUAUCAUGGUGGCUCAGGGGUGCCAGAAGGAACGGGGUCUGGUCUUGGCAUUGGUUGUAGAGCCACCGGUGGGGCACCUGUGGAGACAGAGUCUGGGGAAUGGGGUACUUACAGGCAUGACUCAGGGGUGUCUGGGGGACUGUGGUCUGGAAACAAAGGUCAAUGUGGUACUACAGGAAAGGUGUCUGGGAGAGAUGCCAGCCUCAGAAAUGGCUCAGGUGGCCAUUGUGGAGUGGCCAUUCAUGAAGCCCCGUGCUGGGACAUAUUUCAAGGCCAGGGACAAACAGGUCCCAGUGGAGAACACUACUCUGACAGUGACCCAGGGAGUCCUGGGACAGUGGGAUCUGUGGGUGGAGAUGGUAUGGAGGACUCUGGAACAGUGGGAAAGGUUGGGGACAGACACAUGGAAGCAGAACCAGGGGAUUCUGGAAGAAUACAUUCUUGGGGUCACACUGGAGGUUAUGAGGGUUUCAGAGUCCCGGGGGCCUCUAGAGAAGGAGACUUUGAAGAUGAAACUGGGGUUCCAUUACCCAUGGAACCAGGAUCUCUGGGGAGAGGGGACAAGGAAGGAGACGGAGAAAGGACUGGGUUCCUUGGUGUCAGGACCGCUGGAGCCAGGACUGGGAAUUUGGGCAAAGCCAGGCACCCUGAGGCACUAUCUCCUCAUGGUGAGGCUGGUUCCGAAGGCCACUGUGCUCACAUACCUGACGGUUUAAGUUACAGGGAUGGAUGGGGAAUUCCAGAGCCUCGGGGAACCGAGGACAGAACAGCUUAUGGAGAGGGGUCAAGAGGUCUUGGGUCUGAGAGAACAGAGUCAAAGGGUCUUGGGCCCAGAAGAAUAGGGCUAGAUGAUGAAGUAGCAUUUAAAAAUGUCUCAGGAGGCCUCAGAGGCAUGGGGCCAGCAGGUGAGGCAAGUUAUACAAAUGCAGCUGGGGGCUCUGGGGCCAUGGGAUUGGGGCGCAAGGUAGAUUAUGGGAAUGAGAGUGGGUGUUCUGGAGUUUUGGGGUCAGAGAGGGAGGCAGGUUAUAAGAAUGACAUCCAGGCUCACAAAGCCAGGGAAUUAGGGAGUAAAGCAGACCAUAAGAAUGGCUUAGGAGCUUCUGAAAUUAUUUCAUUAAAGGACGAAGCCAGUUAUCAAGGUGGCUUAGAACAUUCUGGAGGCAUUUUGUUGUGGAAUGAGUCAGGUUUAAGGGACGGCUUAGGAGAAACAGGACGAAUGGAACUCAAGAAUGAAGUUGGUUAUAGGGGAAGCUCAGUGGGGCCUGGGAAAAUGGGGUCAGAGAGUAGACUGCACUAUGCAGACAGUUCAGGGAGGCUAGGAGGGCCAGGCUCACUGACGGCACGGAGAGAACAUGAGUCCACGGGUCUUGGGUCAGGAUGCCAGGCAGCAGCAGAGGUAGGCAGAGAGAAGGGCAGAGGAAUGGGGCUUGCAGAUGAGACAAGGCUUGGGGUGGGCUCUGGGGUGGCUGGGAUACCCAACACUAACGGUGGCAUAGCACACAGGGACAGUGCUAUGGGCCAUGGGAAGCUGGGGACACCAGGAGGGCCACAUAUCUUUUCAGGUGGGCAGAGUAUCAAGAACAGUCUUGGGAACUGUGGACUCGCAGGAAUUCCUGAAGACUUGGGGGCUAUUGGUUCUGUGGGGAAAUCAGGUAUCAGGGAAUGGAAAGAUGAUUCUGGUUUCCCAGGGUCUCCUAGGGACAGUGGGGCUCCCAGCGAGGAGGGAGGAUCUGUAGACCAAGCAGGAGUCAUGGGGACUUCCAGGCUUCGUGGUGGUAGAGGGACAGUGGGGGGUGACAGUGGGUCUGGGGUAGCCACUCUGGGGUCAGGAAAUGACUCAGACUCUAGUCAAUCAGGCCUGGAGACAACGGGCCGGUGUAGAGUUGCUGGCCAGGGGGAAGUGACACCUCAGGGAUGUGGGGGCCCCCUGAAAGGCAGGAGGAGGGGAACCAGUUCUGGAAGCUUGUCAGGGGCAGGCCAGGUGAUAGACAGCAGCUCUACACCUGGGAGAGAGACCAAGUCAAUGUCAGGGCCUGGCAGUGGGCAAGACAGGAGCCACACUCGGGCUCCAGGCUGGCAAGACCAGGUUCAAGGUGGCUUCAGGGCUUCUAGACCACUGCAGGAGAAUGAUGCCAUUGUCAGGCAAACCAGGGAGGGGCAAGGAGCCUCUAAGGGCAGGGGAUACGCAACAGGACAAGAGGUUGCUGGUGAAUGUCAAGUUCCAUGCUCCUUGGAGAGUUCAGGUUUUAGAAGGGGCGGGGCUGGCUUGACCGAGGGCUCAAGUUUCCUAGGCAGAAGGAAUUCCACUGUGGGUGGACAUGGUUUCAUUUCAAAACCCCAGGAACCCCAGGAUGAAUUAGACAGUGCAUCAGGCAGAAGGGACUUCGUAAGUGUGUCAGGAGGAACCCAGGAGCCAGGUUUUCAACUAGGGACAGGGCAGGGAGAUGGAAGAGGAUCCCUCCAGGAGUGGGGGUCCUGGGAGACUAAGACUGGCACCAUCCAAGGAUCCGAAGCCUCAAGGAAGUAUGAGGGGCAGGAAGAAAAAGACCCUGGCUGGUUGGGCAGGAAGCCUGGUCCCUGUGGAAGCACAUUUCAGACACAGUUUGGAACUGAAGUUGCAUCAGCAAGGAGAGAGGCUACACAUAGGGCCAGAAGCCUGGGGCAUUGGACUAGCAGUGAGGACAGAGGGUCUCUGAGAGAAUCCUGGAGUGAAGAUGGGAGGCCAGAUCCCCACAGGCAUCUUGGCAGCAGGAGAGAUACCCAAGAUGGCAGGCCAGAUGUCUGUGGCCAGGGACAAGAUGCUACCCAGAGCCCCAGAUCCAGAUACAAGCCUGGCCCCGGCUCUUCUACGGAGGCCCGAGGCUCCGUGGACCACUUCGCUCAGGGUCUGGUUGAUACAGAGGUGCAUCUGGGGGAAGCCGCCGUACUUUCCUGUGCCCUCACCAGUGACCUGGGGCCUGGCACCUGGUCCAAGGACGGAGUCAAGAUCACUGCCCAUGAUGGGGUCAUCUUCGAGCAAGAUGGACUCACGCACCGACUGAUCCUCACCCACGUGGAGGGGACCCAGGCUGAGAGAUACACUUUCGUGGGCGGCAGACAGCACACUGAAGCCAGUCUAAUCAUGCAGGAUAAGCCUCAGCCGCCACAGGGACCCCUGGAGGUGCAGGAUUGCCACAGAGCAGGUGUCUGUCUCCGCUGGCGGCCCCCGAGGGAUGAUGGGGGCCAGGCCAUACAACACUACGUAGUGGAGAGGAAGCAGGCUGGAAGGAGCACUUGGCUGAAGGUGGGGGAGCCCCCACCAGACAGUACCAGCUUCACUGAUGCCAGCGUGGAGCAGGGCAGGAAGUAUACCUUCCGAGUGCGGACUGUGACCUCAGAGGGAGCUGGGGAUGCCUUGGAGUCUGAGGAGGUGUUGGUGGCUCCUAAGGCUCCCCCAGGGCCCCCUUCUGCCCCAGACAUCUUCUCAGCCUCCAGCCAGAGCAUCACUCUGACAUGGGCAGCACCACGGGGCCCUGGCAGUGCCCACAUCUUGGGCUACCUGGUUGAGAAGCGCAAGAAGGGGAGCAACACCUGGAUGGCUGUGAGCAAGCAGCCAGUGUCUGAAAGGAGAUGCACUGUGAUGGGUCUGCGACAGGGCUGCCAGUAUGAGUUCCGGGUUAUGGCUGUGUCCUCUUCAGGCCCUGGAGAGCCAGGGCCUCCAUCGGAUGCUGUCUUUGCUCGGGAUCCCAUGAGACCUCCAGGGCCUGUUCGGGAUCUCCGGGUCACAGACACAUCUAACAGCAGCAUCACCCUGAGCUGGAAUUGGCCGGACACCCAGGUUGAUGAUGAAGCCCAGGGGUUUAUUGUGGAGUUGUGUGGCUCAGACAGCCUUCAGUGGAGCCCAUGUCACAUGGGCACUGUGCAGGGCACCACCUUCACAGCCAAGGGGCUGCGGCCCCAAGAAGGCUACUCGGUGCGGGUGACAGCAGUUAAUGAGGGGGGCCGUGGCCAGGCCACCUCCCUGGACUCAGGGGUUCAUGCCAUGCCUGCUGCUGUCUGUCCCAAGUUCGUCAUGGACUCCAGCGCAAAGGAUACGGUGAUGGUCAGAGUCGGAGACAGCAUUCGAGUCCCUGUGUCCUUUGAAGCUGCCCCCUUGCCUGAGGUGACCUGGCUGAAGGAUGGCUUGCCCUUGCCCCAAAGAAUUGUGACCACAGUGAAGGAAGGCCUGGCCCAGCUUCUGAUUCCUGCAGCUAGCCUCUCGGACCGCGGCCGAUACACCGUGAUGCUGAGGAGCCCACAGGGGAAGGAGGCUGCCUACAGCUUCCGCGUCAGUGUGGCAGCAUGUCCACAAGCACCGGGACCCAUCUUCCUGCAGGAGAAUGUCCCUGGGACAGUGACAGCCCAAUGGGAACCCUCCCCGGAUGAGGCUCAGGGCAUCCCUUUGUACUACACAGUGCUGAUGCGCUCCUCGUCACAUGGAUCCUGGCGUGAGGUGGCUGACCGUGUCCACACCAACCGCUUCACCCUGGGGGUCCUCCCUGGCCAUGAGUACCACUUCCGGGUGCUAGCCAAGAAUGAGCUGGGGACCAGUGAACCUUCAGACACCAGCCAACCCUGGUGUAUCCCCAGGCAGAGAGAGAGGUUCACAGUGAAGGCUCCAGCACACCGGGAACCCGACCUGAGCCGGAAGCCCCGCUUCCUGGUGGGUCUGCGGGCUCACCUUCUGCCCCAGGGCUGCGAGUGUCGCAUGACCUGUGCUGUGCAGGGCUCACCCCGGCCCCAUGUCACCUGGCUCAAGAACGACAGAAGCUUGGACAAAAUCCCUGGGCUGUACAGCACGGACAUGCUGGGUGUGUGUUCCCUCGUCAUCCCCAGCGUGACCCUUCAGGACAGUGGCGAGUACAAGGCUGUGGCCAAGAAUCCACUGGGUCAGGCUGUCAGCACAGCCACCCUCAUUGUUACAGAAUACAGCUCCUAGCCCCACUUGGCCUGGAAUCCCAGCCUUGCCCCACCCCACAGCCACGAGAUGGAUGGGAGCAAGCGUUACUCUCGAUGCCCACACUGGCGUGGGGAGCCAGUCCAGAGUGACAGCAGAUGUUCCUCUGUGAGACGGGAACAAGAGGGCUGCUGGUGAGACGUGACCAGAAGGGCCAAAGUCGAUGGAGAAGUAGCAGGGCGGUGGAUGUGGUCUUGAGCUGAAUCAGGGUGCCCCUGGCACUGUGGCUGUCUACCCCUGGAUGGAGUUCCAGAGAGAGUGGCCCAGGGUGGAAGCUGAGCCACUGUGACCUCUGGAGUGGAAAGUCAUGGGGGGCAGGGGACCUGGGUGAGGGCAUCAAGGCUGUGGGUAUGGGGUGUUCUCUGUACUUCAUUAAAGCUGCAGACUAAGAAGGG